AUGAAAAGACCUUGACCGGUUUUUAAAAUUCUUCGUUACUAUUAGUUAGGGAUGGCAACCCAUACGGUUUUCCACCCGGAUGAUACCAACUCUGACAGUAUUUCUUCGAAACAGAAACGUCUAGCACAUAUAUUCCUCAGUCCUUUUAGGCGAUUCAACCAUAAUUGCAAGAAAAGACCUAACAAGCAGUUAUCAACAUCUGGUUUUGAUGAAAAAAUUGUUGUGUUCAAAACAGAUGACUGUGAAAAAAGUCCCCUCGACCAUUCCUGUGAAGAAACAGAUGAAUCACAUUUUCUUCAAAAUAAUCAUGAAAACGGGGAACUCUCUGUCGCAGUAAGUCGUCUGGAAUCAGCAUGUAUAACUCCUGUGGAUGAAUACCAACUCAGUGAAACGCGUAAAGCACUUACCAAGAUAAGUACAGGUGUUGGAAGGUUGACUACAGACGUUACAUCAAGUCCCGAUCACCAUUCCAUAACUUCAUGUAAAAAGACCAGUGAAAUGAAAAAGAAUGUAACACCUCAGUCACCAACAUGUUCACAAUCGCAACCUUCAUUUUCAAAGUCUUCUGGAAGUGCUUGUGAUACAUGUAACCAGACAACGAUCUAUCCCCCCAAAGUGGAUCCAGUAUUUUGCAGUAAAAGCGGUGUCAAAAACUUAUCUGUUGCCUGCAAUGCAACGUUACUACCUGUAUCUAAUUCAGACUUCUCUUUGGAGGAACGUCGUAUUAGUUCUGAGUCAUCUCAUCAUUCUGCAUGUUCAUUAGAUUCUGCGCAAAAUUUGAAGCUUCAAGCAGCAGUGUCUAACUCUCACAUUUCCUCCAAUAAUUUAAAGUGUUCAAUUCAGAAUAAUACUAAUGGUUCGAUUGAUUGUGAAUUUGAAGCUUAUUGUCCUCCAGAUUCAGUUGAUGCAGCUGUUUCUACUGAAUGUUCAGCAAUAUUGACUCCUAACUGUGUUCAUUCAUUUUCUUCCUCCUUAUCAGUACCCCAUAAUAAUGAUUUCAAAGAAAGUGACCUUACUUCCAGCUCUAAUCACAUGCCUAAAAAUUUACGCCUACCUAAUCGUACUUAUCCGUUUGGCAAAGAAUGCCGCUUUAUUUUCUAUAAUUGUGCAGAUAUCGAUGAAGAAGAUGCAUAUAAUUUGUCCCCUCCCAAUCAAACGCUUGCAUCACUUAUCAAGUCACGUCAAGAACACAAAGAUAUGUGGUUGCGAAGAGCUGAUCGCAUUAAUCGAUUUCUAGCCUGCAGACCUUGUCGUGAUGACUUAAUUUCCAAAAAUAUUAUUCCCAGCACCACCCUGGAGGCUCGCGCUGAACUUCGAAUCGAUAUUGAAGCUUCACUUGAGCGUCGACUUAACCAACGCCCUACAACAGAUGAACUUCAGCAAAAGAAUAUCCUACAUGUUGAUACAGAAGAAGUGCGCAACAGGAUUAAAGAAGAACGAAAGCAAAUUUUAACUCGCAAGCUGUCAUUUCGACCAACUGUUGAAGAACUCCGCCGACGUAAAAUUAUACGUUUCAAUGAUUAUGUUGAGGUCAGUGAAGCGGAUGCUUAUGAUCGUCGAACAGAUAAACCAUGGACUCGGUUAACUCUACGUGAUAAAGCAGAUAUAAGGAAAGAGCUGAACGAAUUUAAAGCCACUGAGAUGGACGUUCAUGCUGAAAGUCGACAUUAUACCAGGUAAGUAUUAAACCCUGUAUUGAUUUUGUAACCUAAUGUAUAAAGUUUAAUAACUACACUAGAUAACUGUGUGACUUGUAACAUAGUGAAUUGGGACAUCACUAAAACUAGCUUCGAUUCUUGUUUGCUACAUCUAUCUCUGGUUGAGAAGUUACUCAGAUAUCAUCAUCGGUUAGCACACAUUAAUUGUAGUACGGUAUAGCCCAUGACAUAUCAUAAACAAAUGGUGGUCACAUUGCAAACUUAACCGAUAGAAUUGAGUCUGUAGCAUACAAAGGACUAGACGCAUAAUACUAGUUAGUAUGCGAUCAAAAUGAAUUACAUGUUGGAUGUUAUAUUUCACUUUUCACAUUUUCCUAGCGAACAAGUGUAGACCAUAUUGUCACCUGUAAUGUAUACUACGUUUGUAGAUUAUGCACUGAGAUUAAGGAUGCCCAUAAGAAUCUUACAUAGAUGACAAAUUUAAAGGAUGAUUGCAACUUUCGUGAAGCGAAAAUUAAACUUUUAUGUGGUUUUUAAACCCAUUAAAUGUUUGUAUUUACUCAGCUAUCGUGAUCAUCUUAAAGACAAUGUAUUUGGAAAUGAAUGACGCAUUACAACGCAUUUAUUUGUAUUUGUAUAAAAGCCAGCAUGAGAAUUCUAAACACACGAUUUCCCAUGUAGUAUUAAUAAAGCAUUAGCCUGCAUGUGCAGUCUGGACUAAACUCUUACUUGACUUUUGGUGUUCAUUCUUUCUGUUAUUCAUUAAUUCUACACUCUGAUUCUUGCAGGUAUCACAGACCUUAGGCAUAAACAAUCUGAAGAAAGUAUCUUCAACUGACAAAUGAAUAUUCUCAUGCAGCCACAUUUUCGAAUAAGCAAUCUGCAAAUUAUGCACUAUUUUGCAAAUUAUUUGUUGCUGAACUGUGUACAUAAACAAUCUUUUGAAUAGUGAUUUAUUUGAACUUUGUGAUUUUAUAGCGUAUUUCUAGAAACAGUGAUUCCUUUUGUACAGUUUUUCUAAUCAUUAUGACGAUGCUAGUUCCUUGCAAAUACACUUGAUAAUAUGAUUUCUUGCAUAUGUGGUGUUAGUAUUUAAAGUCUUUAGCACCUAUUGAAUAGCGUUUCCUUUAGGCAACAGAGAGGACACAACCAUUUGUUUAUUUCAAAUACCUAGAAUAACAUUCAAUCACGCUGAGAUAGUGCAGCAACGAACAGAAUAUAAACAUGAUAAGCAGUAAUUAACCGAGGACAGGUGCAUACUAACAAUACCCGGUUUACAUGUAGAGGAGUUCAGUGAACAGACAGGUCUUCUCACAUUGUAAUGUAAAACAAGAGCAGCUUUUUAUGAGUUGCCUGAAACCAUGUAUACUGGCACCUAAUUAUCAUUUUAUUUACUCACUGAGUUUCAGCAUAAAUAUUUGCACUAAAAUGCAGCAGUUUAAAUUGUCACACUCCAUGUAGUACACGAAGGUGCAAAAGAGAUUCCAAAAAGCUGAAGAGAG